AAGCCGAACCACUCUCGUCUCUUGAUUUUUUAUCUACUGAACCAAAAACACCAGUCAUGGCAGAUUCAGCAGGAAAUUGGUGUCUCAUUGAGAGUGAUCCGGGUGUUUUUACUGAAUUAAUUCGAGAAUUCGGUGCAACUGGAGCACAGGUCGAGGAGUUAUGGAGCCUAGACGAUGAUCAGUUCGAAAACCUCAAGCCCAUUCAUGGCUUGAUAUUUCUGUUUAAAUGGGUCCAGGACGAUGAACCAGCUGGGACUCUCGUGCAGGACAAUAGAUUGGAGAAGAUUUUUUUUGCGAAACAGGUUAUUAACAAUGCCUGCGCUACUCAAGCAAUCGUCAGCGUGUUGCUCAACUGUAAGCAUCCCGACGUGUCUAUUGGGGGUAAUCUGGAAGAAUUUAAGAACUUCUGUCAGAGCUUCGAUGCCACGAUGAGAGGACUCGCCCUAAGUAAUUCGGACAUUAUCAGACAGGUUCACAAUUCCUUCUCGAGACAAACACUCUUCGAGUUCGACUCGAAACAGGCCUCGAAGGACGACGAUGUGUUCCACUUUGUGAGUUAUAUUCCAAUCGAUGGUCGUCUAUACGAACUGGAUGGGCUGAAGGAGGGUCCUAUGGAUUUGGGACCGUGUCCCCCUGGGGAUCAGUGGGUGCAGGCCGCUCGCCCAAUUAUUCAGAAGCGAAUGAACAAAUACAACGAAGGAGAAAUUCACUUCAACCUCAUGGCCAUAGUCUCCGAUCGUAAGAUGCUGUACGAGAGGAAAAAAUCAAAAUGCACGGAUCUAGUGGAAAUAGCGCGUCUGCAGUCCCUCAUAGAAGGGGAGAACAGUAAAUCCCAGAGAUACAAAAUCGAGAACAUCAGGAGAAAACACAACUACCUACCUCUCAUCAUGGAACUGCUCAAGGUACUUGCUACAGAGGGCAAACUCGUUCCCCUGUACCAGAAGGCCAAGGAGCGAGCGAUUGAAAAAGAAUCCAAGAAGUCAAUUGUUAACUAAAUUAUUUAAUCGCCGAUUAUGAAAUUACGAUAAUAAGUUUACAAUGCAUUUACACACCGUCAUUUUAUCAUCUAAGUCUUUCAAAAUGUAAGGGUGUUGAAAAUAAAGGAUUUUUCGAUGAA